AUGCUGUUCCCCUCGUUCGGCUUCCUCGCUGCGGCGGGCAGCCUGCUAUCCCUCGUCGCGGCACACAACAUCCAAAUGAAGGCGCACAUGCGCGAAUGCUUCCACGAGCAGCUGCACAAGGACGACAAGAUGACGGUCACGUUCCAGGUUGGCGACCGUGAGUUUGGAGGGAGCGGAAACCUGGAGAUUGACUUUUGGAUCGAGACUCCCUCGCGCGGCUACGUAGUCCACGAACGCGGCGUGUCCUCGGGCGACCAUUCCUUCGUUGCGCAAGAAGACGGCAAAUACACAUACUGCUUCAACAACGAGCAUUGGGGCGCGAAUACGAAGGAGGUCUCGUUCAACGUCCAUGGCAUUGUCUACGUACCGGAGUCGGAAGCGCCGCAGGAUCCGCUGGAGAAGGAGGUGCGGUCAUUGUCGGAGCUCGUGGCGCAGGUCAAGGACGAGCAGGGCUACAUUGUCGUUCGAGAGCGCACGCACAGGAACACGGCCGAGAGCACAAACGCGCGUGUCAAGUGGUGGAGUAUUUUCCAGCUGUGCGUCUUGGCCGGAGAGGGCGUCUUCCAGGUCUGGUGGUUGAAGAGGUUCUUCGAGGUGCGAUAG